AUGAGUUAUUCCACAAUAGCUUGGGCAGGUUGCUUAAGUAAAGGCCCGGUAGAUAAUGUUAGCUACGCAUACAAGAAAACAAGAUCAGUUGAUUACAUAUUCCGGGUGUUCAAUUCACUUGGUCAAAUCUCGUUUGCAUUUGCCGGACAUGCUGUGGCUCUUGAAAUUCAGGCAACAAUGCCAUCAACUCCGGAGAGGCCUUCAAGAAUACCGAUGUGGAAAGGUGCCGUCGGAGCCUAUAUUAUUAAUGCAAUUUGCUAUUUCCCGGUGGCCCUGAUCGGUUACUGGGCUUUUGGGCAAGAUGUUGCUGAUAAUGUCCUAGUGGACCUCAAGAGACCUGCUUGGCUAAUUGCUUCUGCAAAUUUAAUGGUUGUUGUCCAUGUUAUUGGCAGCUAUCAGGUUUUUGCUAUGCCGGUUUUUGACUUGUUAGAGAGGAUGAUGAUGAAAAAACUGAACUUCCCACCUGGAGUGGCACUUAGACUAGUUGCUAGAUCAGCUUAUGUUGCAUUCACAUUGUUUGUUGGAGUCACCUUCCCUUUCUUUGGAGACCUUCUUGGUUUCUUCGGCGGAUUUGGUUUCGCCCCAACUUCAUACUUUCUUCCUAGUAUAAUGUGGCUAGCUAUCAAGAAACCGAAGAGAUUCAGCACCAAUUGGUUCGUCAACUGGGCUUCCAUAUUCGUUGGAGUGUUCAUUAUGUUAGCAUCCACCAUUGGUGGUUUCAGGAACAUCGUCACUGACGCAUCCACAUAUCGUUUCUACACUUAA